AUGUUAAAUUGUUUUGCUUAUACAAGUAAAUGGUAUACAGCUUUCUUAUCAAUCAGUCGUUCACGAUUUACUAAUCAAACAAAUCUAACACGUAAACAUUCACGAAAACAGUUCAUAUGGCCACUUUUUAUUAUUCUUAUGAUCUUUAUAUGCAAUGGAACUGAAGUUAUUUUUCAUCGUCUUAUCAAUGAUCCACGUAAACCAAAACAUUUUGUAUGUACAAUUGAAUUUCCUGAAUCUGAUUGGCGUAUUCUUGAGACAAUCUUUCGUUUUAUAAUGCAUCUUAUUCCUUUUCUUUUAAACAUGUAUGCUGUCAUUACUAUUAUACGUACAGUAGCUCGUAGUAAAGCAAAUAUUAAUAAAACAAGUUUUCUAUCAGAAAUAUGGAAACAAAUAAAACAAUACAACGAACAAUUAGCAUGUCCAACGUUGAUGAUAAUAUGUUCAACACCAGAACUACUUAUGGCAUUAAUUGUCAAAUGUCGUGAAUGGGACAAUGUAUAUCGUCGAUCGUUGAUGUUAGCUAUGCAUCUUCUAUCAUUCGUACCACAAAUGCUUACUUAUAAUCUCUUUAUACAACCGUCAAAAACUUACAAAACUACUUUCGUUCAUAAUACACGCAAUGAACAUAUUCUAUCGACUCUUAUUCGAACUUCAUAA